UGUCCAAUAGUAAUGGUGUAAAUAUGGUGUUUUCAAAUCUCGGAAGAGAGAGAUCCGAAAAUUCUUUUUAGAAAUGGAACUGGAAGAUCCAAGGGAACCAACCAUGAGUUAAUCUUAAGCUGGGCUUGACAACCUGAUCCACAAGGCCCACCACUACUUAAAUACCAUUUCGAGCAAUGUAAAGCGAAGCCGAAAAUCUGACCGCUGGUAAUACUUUCCCGCGAGUUUCUUCAUUUUCCCCCAUUGUCUCAUUGUGAAACAAAUGUAGAGAGAGAGGGGGAGGAGUAACCCUAAUCUAAUGAAAGGAGGGGAAGGAGUAAUCGAAAGCGAUGUGGAGAGAGAAGAAGAUGACUCAGCUGCUGAUCUACUGAGAGAUCGAUUCCGACUCAGCACUAUCACUAUCGCUGAAGCCGAAGCAAAGCGAAACGAAAUGGAAAUUUCUCAGCCAAUUAUGGCCUGCAUCUCCGAUUUGGCCUUUAAAUAUGCAGCAGAACAGUUGGCCAAGGAUCUUGAAUUAUUUGCACAGCAUGCAGGUCGUAAGUCUGUAAACAUGGAAGAUGUCAUACUUUCUGCACAUCGGAACGAACAUCUGGCUACGUCUUUGAGAUCCUUCCGCAAUGAUUUGAAAGCAAAAGAACCCCAGUCCGAUAGGAAGAGGAAGAAAGGUUCUAAAAAGGAAGAUAAAGCUGCCACUGGCGUAAUCCAUAUUCCUGAUCUUUAGCUUAGCAUAUAGAUUGAGGAUCAACACAACUCUUACUGCUAAACAUGCCUUCCUGUUGUCCAGAUUUUUGGAUCACCUUGUAGUUAUUUUUCAGAAUCAUUAGCAUAUGAGCCAAUGCCUAUCCAAUUUGGUAGGAACCAUCAACUUAUAUGCCUUCCUGUUGUCCAGAUUUCUGGAUGACAUUGUAGUUAUUUGUUAUUUUCCAGAAUUAGUAGCAUAUGAGCCAAUGUCUAUCUGAGUUGUAGGAACCAUCAACCAUCAUUAUAUAGGAAACACGCAUGGAUCGGGUUUCUGGAACAAUUUUGUAAUUUGAAUAUUUCAUUCAAAUAUGAAUUAUGAUGUUAAGGGGUGCCUU